AUGGCGGCGACGGUGAGCGUGGAGCCCGCGGGCCCCUGCUGCUGGGACGAGCCGCUCAUCGCCGUGCGCGGCCUGGCCCCCGAGCAGCCCGUCACGCUGCGCGCGUCCCUGCGCGACGAGAAGGGCGCGCUCUUCCGGGCCCACGCGCGCUACUGCGCCGACGCCGGCGGCGAGCUGGACCUGGCGCGCGCGCCCGCGCUGGGCGGCAGCUUCGCGGGGCUCGAGCCCAUGGGGCUCCUCUGGGCCCUGCAGCCCGACAGGCCCUUCUGGCGUCUGACGAAGCGGGACGUGCAGACGCCGCUGGCCGUGGAGCUGGAGGUGCUGGACGGCCACGACCCGGAGCCCGGGCAGCUCCUGGCCCGCGCGCUGCUGGAGCGCCGCUUCCUGCCGCCGGGGGUGCGGCGCCAGCCGGUGCGCGCGGGCCGGGUGCGCGCCUCGCUCUUCCUGCCGCCAGAUGAGGGAGCCUUUCCCGGGAUCGUCGAUCUGUUUGGAAGUGAGGGUGGCCUUUGUGAAUACAGGGCCAGCCUCCUGGCUGGACAUGGUUUUGCUGUCCUUGCCCUGUCUUACAUCAGAUUUGAAGACCUCCCUAAAAACGUGAAGGACCUGCGCCUGGAGUACUUUGAAGAAGCCGUGGACUUUAUGCUGCAGCAUCCACAGGUGAAAGGCCCUAAUGUUGGGCUUCUUGGCUUCUCCAAAGGAGGAGACCUGUGUCUCUCAAUGGCUUCUUUCUUGAAGGGCAUCACAGCUACUGUACUUAUCAAUGCCUGCGUAGCCAACACAGUUGUUCCUCUGCAUUACAAGGAUAUGGUCAUUCCUGAGCUCGGCAGCGACCCAGCGAAACAAAAAAUCACUGAGUCAGGCUGUCUGAAUAUUGUGGAUAUGUGGAACAAUCCACUAGAGGAACCCAACCUCCAAAGUCUUAUUCCACUGGAGAAGGCCCAGGGUCCUUUCCUGUUUAUUGUUGGCCUGGAUGAUCAAAACUGGAAGAGUGAAUUAUAUGCUCAGAUAGCCUCUGACUGGUUACAAGCCCAUGGGAAAGACAGACCUCAGGUAAUACAAUACCCAGAAGCAGGUCACUGUAUUGACCCACCUUACUUUCCUCUCUGUAGAGCCUCUGUGCAUGCAGUGUCCGGCGAACCAGUGCUCUAUGGAGGUGAGCCAAGGGCUCACUCAAGGGCACAGGUGGAUGCCUGGCAGCAAAUUCAACGUUUCUUCUAUAAGCACCUUAAUGGUACAGAACCUGUCACACACAGCAAAAUAUAACAUUGCAAUCAUGAAGCACAUCCAUUAAUAAAAAUCUGAUUCCUGCAACUUGUGUUGAUUUUCAGAGUACCUAGGAGCCCUGUUGAAACAAUCGAACCAGCUCAGCUUCCUUGUCAGGUCCUAUUGGAUUAUCAGCCUUUGCAAGUCCCCUUUCCUCUCUGCUGUGUCUACCCCGGUGUCCCUGGACCUUUACCCAGUCUGAGGCCCAAGCUUCUUUAUUGCUCUAGAAUCCCAUAUCCCCUGGGGCCCUCACUGACUGUGUCUGAGCUUUGGGAACCUGCCCAGUUGCAUCCCUUAAGAAAGACUGCCUUCCUCUUGCCUGAAGGCUUACUCAAGAUCUGUCCCUGAACCACAGUCUGAAGAUGUGGACACUGGAUGUGACCAUGUAUUCCUUCUGUUCACCAUCUGUCUGGAGUCCCCGUCACUGCAUGGUAUUCACUUGCCUGGAGGAACGCCUUGAUGCUAAGGUUUGGGGACUACACCCUAUGGACCAUGGCCUCCAUCUCUGGAAAUCAUGUUAUCCCUGGCAGAACAGACUCCCUUCCAGCUCAUCUGCUCUUCCUAUUUACUGUGGAGGAGGCUUGAGCCAGGUUUGCCUUAACCCCCUU